AUGGAGUACCAUACAAAGAUCAGCUGGCAGAAGCAACUGGAAAAUCAAAUGGGAAACAUUAUGUUCGGUGGAGACCAGGCGAAAUUUCCAAACAACAUCGCACGACGUAUUCAACAGGUCGCGGUGAUGACCACAAAUAUUGAAACCGAGUUGCAGCUCUACGGGAACCGCAUAUUCUACUCUGCCGCCGAAUGCUGCGGAUUUAAACGGUUACCCCGCCGCCUGAAGGUCAGAAUAACUUGCUCGUGGAUGCGAGAGGUGCAACUGGCAGUUAACGAGAAGAAAGCAGCAUUCAAGAAAUGGCUUGCAAGCAAAGAGCUUUCUACUUGCGUGUGA